CGAGGAUCAGAAACAUUAGUUACUAAGCCAAACUAAUUGGAUACCAAAUUCAUCCUUUAUUCAUAACAAUCAUUUUAUAAAGAAAUGAGAUCACUUACUAUGCUGCAAGAUACACCUUCGCUUACGUCCGUAAGCGCUGACGAUACCACAGACGACGAUCUUAAAAACAAUCAAUCAGGAUAUUCUACACCAUCCAGAUUCAAGUUUGAUAAGCCAAGUCACCACCACUCAGACCGACACAAAUCAAGACUGGCUCCGAUCCACGAUUUGAAGAAAUUGUUGCACUCACACCACAAUUCACCUUGCACUUCCUCAUCCUCCUCAUCAUCAUUGCAUAGACGUACGAGCUCGCACGAGAGUAGUACAGAUUUGGGUGAAGACCAUGCACACUUAACCAGGAAGUAUGGUAAAUGGGUAAAGACGUUAGGUACCGGUGCAGGAGGUACUGUCAGAUUAAUAGCGAAGAAAAAGCACUCUUUAUCACGCUCUUCUAGCAGUUUGAGUAGUCUUAGUAAUACACCAACGAUCCAUGCAGUCAAAGAAUUUAGAGCUCGCAAACAAGGAGAAACUCAGAAAGAAUAUGUAAAGAAAGUUACAGCUGAAUUCUGCGUUGGUAUUACACUCAAACAUAGAAAUAUAAUUCAAACAGUAGAUAUAAUUUCAGAGAAAGGUCACUAUUACGAGAUAAUGGAGUAUGCUCCAUAUGAUUUAUUCAGCGUUGUCAUGUCUGGUAAGAUGUCCAGGGGCGAAAUUUAUUGUGUUUUCAGGCAAAUUGUCGAUGGCGUCGAUUAUUUGCACAAUAUGGGAUUAGCUCACAGGGAUCUCAAACUUGAUAAUUGUGUUUUAACUAGUGAUUCAACUGUCAAAUUGAUUGACUUUGGUACAGCAACUGUAUUUCAAUACCCAGGAAAGAAAUCAACAAAAGCGACAGGUGUGGUUGGAUCCGAUCCAUAUCUCGCACCGGAAGUACUCUAUUCUGCUACCGAAUCUGCCCAAAGGGAGGGACUGAAAGAGUAUGAUCCGAGAUUAGCUGAUAUUUGGUCAAUCGGUAUAAUUUUCAUCUGUAUGUUAUUGAGAAGAUUUCCAUGGAAGAUACCUGAAGAAAAAUCUGACCAAUCAUACGCAUUAUUCGUCAAAGCUCACCCUGAAUUAUGCGAACCUGUGAUUGAAGAUGACAAUAGUUGUGUCAAGUCAACCAGCAACACUCAAACUCAAUGGACAGAAAUCCAAACCAAUUUCGAUGAGUUUGACUUGAACAAUUGCCAUGCAAACGACGAACGUUGUAACAAGGAUUUAAGUGAUAGGAUGUUCCCUAUCCCUUGCCAAGAACCAACGAGUCUUCCUGCAUCACCAAGAGAGAGUAAACUCGAAGAUCCAAGAUCAACAACCCAAGUGAGAUCAAUGACAAUGUCAAACGUCGCUGUUGCCGUUGAGAACGUGCCUAAAGCUACAUCAAAGAGACCAGAUAUUAGACAUAGGUCUGCAUCACAGAGUACAUUCAUUAACGGCAACUCUGAUUCAAUAUUCAGAUUGCUGCCACGUGAAGCAAGAGAUUGCUUGAGAAGGAUGAUAUGCCCAGAACCAAAGAGAAGAUCAACGUUGAAUGAUCUUCUUAGAGGUGGUGAGCAAUUAUUGAAUCUUACAGAUGGAUUAGAUCUCCAUGGCGAUUUAUCUAGACCAGAAUUUGGUAAUGAUGUCAAGCGAACAAAUGAUCUUGAUAUCAGCGAUAAGUGGUUAAAGAGCAUAGAUAGCUGUGCAAUUAAGCCUAGUUUGAAUCAUAGUCAUACAGUUGUCGAAACUGUUGAUAGCAAACCAAGGUAGAUAUAGAUUUUCCUUUGUAUAUACAUGUAUUUUUACAACUUAUUCAACCAACUUGUGCUCGGUAGGAAUGUAUUUUGCUGACUUUUUAUUUGUUUUGAAAUUUGCUCGUUAAAGCUACUGACGAUCUGAUUGACGUUUGUUUCAAUGACUAAACCACCUUGAACGAAUUGAUCAAUAAGUAAGUGUACUUUAUCAAAAUUAAAUAUCAAAUCCAGUUCGCAAACUGACUCAAAUAGUUUAUCUAAACUCUCAACCAAAACGUGUAUCAAAUCCAAGCUAGCUAAUAGACUUUCUUGUUGAUUUAUUAAAAGACAAAAGUAUAAAGUAGCAUAAUUCCUAUAAACUAGAGUAUAUUGACCUUGAUUUA